GCCAGAAGAGGCCUGAGUCAGAGGUCAGACCAUGAACUUGUAGGAUGAACUGAACGGUUAUCAGAAUUGUGGGGAAAGCUACGGGAAUCCACACUUGAGAGGUCGUUUUGUGCUGUGUAUUUAAUACGCUUUUCUGGGAAGUUUCUCAGAUCAAAUUCCAAUUAAGUGUUUAUCAGCGAUCCUCCGCAUUGCAGCUUGUUUUCUAUUCAUUGGAAUGCUGCAGCUCAUAGAGUUCGAUAGGGUAUUUUGUUUGCAAUAACAUGCGUCAAUUUGUAUUAUGACUGAGGCGAAGGGAUCAAGACUCAUAUCAAUUUGACUGAGAGACCCAAAUGAGUUUUUUGCGUGCACUCACAUCCGGAAUCUUGCAUAUAAUGCGAAAUGUGCCAAAUCGUCUCAAAACUGCACCAUUGACGAGUUCCUGGUGUUUAUUCGCAUGUGGAGUACAAAUUCAGCUCAUGACCCAAAUAAAUUGGCACAAAUAUUCGCCGAGGCGAAAGUGGGAGUGAAGAAAAUCAACCAUACUUGCAGUGAUGAGUCGUCACAACAAUCAACACCUGCUCGUUGAUGGUAAACAGCGGACAAAUUGCAUAAGAAGCACAUGUUGGAGCAUCGAGAAGAAUAUUCAGCACUUUUCACUUCCAAUUCAGUGUCAAUUUUCGAUUUGUGAGCUUCACAGCGUCUCACGAUGGACAGGAAGGCGUUAGUUUUGCAUCUGCUUCUUCUUCUAACGAUUUUUGCGAUUCCCGGUGAAAACACCUUUCUUCGCGACUCACAGUUGAGCAACAGCAAGGCCAGCCAGCCCAGCAAUGCCGAUGGAUCCGCAUUGCAUUUGAAGGCAUUGGACAAGGAAAUCUUCGAGAAGUUCGUCAAACCAACAGCGAGUGAUCUUAGCGAGACAAUUUUAGCUCAAGCCAAGGAUACGGUGGAAAGUGUGCUGCAGCACAAGGAUGAGUUCCUGCUGAAGGCGAAGGAGAAGGUUGGGAGCUCUCUGAAGACCAUCGAACAGGAGGGAAGUGAGUUGCUGAGCAAAGCUAAGGAGAAGAUGGGCAAUUCGCUGCAGCAAAACGAACAAAUCCUCGCACAAACCAAGGACAAACUCGGAUCAUCGCUGAAGACCAUCGAACAGGAGGGAAGUGAGUUACUGUCGAAGGCCAAAGGCAGGAUGGAGAGCAAGCUUCAGGAGCGAGAUGAGUUGGUGGCGAAGGCGAAGGACAAAAUUGGUACUCUAAUUGAGAAGAAGGAGAUUGAAGGACCGAUCUUGAAGAAGCCCCUGGAGAAGGAAAGCUCGCUGUUAGAAAUGGCGAAGAGCAAAAUGCAAUCCUCACUCAAGGCUCUGGAGGAAGAUGGAAGUUCACUGUUGGCCAAAGCGAAGGAGAAAGGAAGCACACUGAUAGAGAAGGUCACAAAUCCAUCUCUCCUGAAGCCAAUUCAGCAAGACAAAAGUAUGGCUAAAUCAAACAACGCCGCGGAAAGUGACGAUAAGUCAUCUUUAUUGACUAGAGCCAAAGAGACUGUGGAGAAGUCUCUUCUGUUGCGAACACUGACGAAUGGCGAAGGAUCGUUGUUUAACAGAGCCAAGGAGAAGGUGGAGAACUCCUUGCUGGGAAAGUCACUCAAGGACAGUGAGAGUUUCAUCCUCGGCAAAUCCAAAGAAACAACGGAAAGUGCGAAGAAGUUCAAUCUUCUCGGUGCGAAGCCUUUCAACUCACUCUUCCCCAGUUUUGGAUCGAAUGCUCCUAAGAUUUCAGGACUAAAGUUGCUGUAUCCGCUGAGGAAGGACGAGGCUCCAAUUGUGGAAGUCGCCGAUUUUCAGGAUCCAGUUGAGGAAAUCGAAGUGAAGCCACAAAAGAAGCCUUCGCCCGAUGUUUGCUUCUCUCGACCACCGGCAAAGGAAGUGGAACCAAUUGCGCCUGUGCUGCCGGAAAACAAGCCCUUGGACUAUGAUAAGAUCGAAGAAGGAUACUACGAAGACUCCCGAGAGUUCGACGAUGACCUUCCGUCUCUCGUAGAUUACGAGGAAGUGCCGGAGAAGCUGAACAUAUACUCAGAUGAGGAGUUGGACUAUCCUGACUACGUUCCUCAGGGCAUGAAAGUUCAAAAGCGACACAUUUCCUACAAUCGCCUCUUCAAGAAGCCCUCUAAGACGAAAACGGGAACUGAAGAAAAGAUGCGCGAACGCGUCAAUCGGGGAAUUGGACACGUGAAGAAGAUCAUAGGCAUUGCUGGACAAGUGGACAGUUUCCUCACGGGGAAAAUCAGGAAUUCCCUCAGGAGUUUGGCGAAUAUGGUGGAGAACGAAGAUGACUACAAGAAUGGACAUUGAAAGAGAAAAUAAGAAUUUUUUGUACUUUUUUUUACGUGGAAAAGAAUAAUUUUUCCUUCAAAAAAAAAAUGUGUCUUUAAUGGCGAU